CCCCCCGCCCCGAGGGAGAGCAGCGGAGCGGCGGGAGGAGGAGGUGGAGGAGGCGGAGGAGGGAGCCCGCGAGGGAGGGUCCGCCCGGCCCCCCGCCGCCGGAGCUGCCGCCGCCGCCUCAGCCGCCGCUGGACGAAGAGCAGCAGAACAUGGCGCCGGGGCCGCCGUCGUCGCUGCUGGGAUCCCGGAGGCCGGGGCCGCGCUGAGGGCGCCCAGCUGGAAGAAAUGUUGGCUAUUUGGCGAUGAGAAGUGGCAAAAACUGACCUCGCACUGGUAUAUAAGCACUAUGAGACCUGACACUUGCGCUUCGUGGGCAGCUGGCCCCCACUGAUAAUGUUGGGAAGCCAUUGGUUCCACUGGAGAACACUAAUCUGAUUUGGAAGUGGCUGAUUGUGGCAGGAUGUGUCGACGAUGAUGAUGGCAAGAAAGCAAGAUGUCCGCAUUCCCACCUACAACAUCAGUGUGGUGGGAUUGUCUGGGACAGAGAAGGAGAAGGGCCAGUGCGGCAUUGGGAAGUCUUGUUUGUGCAACCGCUUUGUGCGCCCGAGUGCUGACGAAUUUCACUUGGACCAUACCUCUGUCCUCAGCACCAGUGACUUUGGUGGGCGGGUGGUCAAUAAUGACCACUUUCUCUACUGGGGAGAAGUUAGCCGUUCCCUGGAGGAUUGUGUGGAAUGUAAGAUGCACGUUGUGGAGCAGACUGAAUUCAUUGAUGAUCAGACUUUUCAGCCUCAUCGAAGCACGGCCCUGCAGCCCUAUAUCAAGAGAGCUGCUGCAACCAAGCUCGCAUCAGCUGAAAAACUCAUGUACUUUUGCACUGACCAGCUGGGGCUGGAGCAGGACUUUGAGCAGAAACAAAUGCCAGAUGGAAAGCUGCUAAUUGAUGGUUUUCUUCUUGGUAUUGAUGUUAGCAGGGGCAUGAAUAGGAGCUUUGAUGAUCAGCUCAAGUUUGUCUCUAAUCUCUACAAUCAGCUUGCAAAAACAAAAAAGCCUAUAGUGGUGGUCCUGACUAAGUGUGAUGAGGGUGUUGAGCGGUACAUUAGAGAUGCACAUACUUUUGCCUUAAGCAAAAAGAACCUCCAGGUUGUGGAGACCUCAGCAAGAUCCAAUGUAAAUGUGGACUUAGCUUUCAGCACCUUAGUGCAACUCAUUGAUAAAAGUCGGGGAAAGACGAAAAUCAUUCCUUAUUUUGAAGCUCUCAAGCAGCAGAGUCAGCAGAUAGCUACAGCAAAAGACAAGUAUGAGUGGCUGGUGAGUCGCAUUGUGAAAAACCACAACGAGAAUUGGCUGAUUGUCAGCCGAAAGAUGCAGGCCUCUCCUGAGUACCAGGACUAUGUCUACCUGGAAGGGACUCAGAAAGCCAAGAAGCUGUUUCUCCAGCACAUCCACCGCCUGAAGCAUGAGCAUAUUGAGCGCAGGAGGAAGCUGUACCUGGCAGCCCUGCCAUUAGCUUUUGAAGCUCUUAUACCCAAUCUAGAUGAAAUAGACCACCUGAGCUGCAUAAAAGCCAAAAAGCUCUUGGAGACCAAGCCAGAAUUCUUAAAGUGGUUUGUUGUGCUUGAAGAGACACCAUGGGAUGCCACCAGCCACAUUGACAACAUGGAGAAUGAGCGGAUUCCCUUUGACCUAAUGGAUACCGUUCCUGCAGAGCAGCUGUACGAGGCCCACUUAGAGAAGCUGCGAAACGAGAGGAAAAGAGCUGAGAUGAGAAGGUCUUUUAAAGAAAACCUGGAGACCUCUCCUUUCAUAACUCCUGGAAAGCCUUGGGAAGAGGCCCGCAGUUUUAUUAUGAAUGAAGAUUUCUACCAGUGGCUGGAAGAAUCUGUAUACAUGGAUAUUUAUGGCAAACACCAAAAGCAAAUUAUAGACAAAGCAAAGGAAGAGUUUCAGGAGCUGCUUUUGGAAUAUUCAGAAUUGUUUUAUGAGCUAGAGCUGGAUGCUAAGCCCAGCAAGGAGAAGAUGGGUGUCAUUCAGGAUGUUCUGGGGGAGGAACAGCGAUUUAAAGCAUUGCAGAAGCUCCAAGCGGAGCGUGAUGCCCUUAUUCUGAAGCACAUUCAUUUCGUGUACCACCCAACAAAGGAGACGUGCCCUAGCUGCCCCUCUUGUGUGGAUGCUAAGAUUGAGCACUUGAUUAGUUCUCGGUUCAUCCGACCCUCUGACCGGAAUCAGAAAAAUUCACUCUCUGAUCACAACAUCGAUAGAAUCAACUUGGUGAUCUUGGGCAAGGAUGGCCUUGCACGAGAGUUGGCCAAUGAGAUACGAGCUCUUUGUACAAAUGAUGACAAGUAUGUAAUAGAUGGUAAAAUGUAUGAGCUCUCUCUGAGGCCGAUCGAAGGGAAUGUUAGGCUUCCUGUGAACUCUUUCCAGACACCAACAUUUCAGCCCCACGGUUGUCUCUGCCUUUACAAUUCAAAGGAAUCUCUGUCCUAUGUGGUGGAGAGUAUAGAGAAGAGCAGAGAGUCCACACUCGGCAGGCGAGAUAAUCACUUAGUCCAUCUUCCCCUGACCUUAAUUUUGGUUAACAAGAGAGGAGACACCAGUGGAGAGACCCUGCAUAGCUUAAUACAGCAGGGUCAGCAGAUUGCUAGCAAACUUCAGUGUGUCUUUCUCGACCCUGCUUCUGCUGGCAUCGGUUAUGGACGCAACAUUAACGAAAAGCAAAUCAGUCAAGUUUUGAAAGGACUCCUGGACUCCAAGCGUAACUUAAACCUGGUCAGUUCUACUGCUAGCAUCAAAGAUCUGGCUGAUGUUGACCUGCGAAUUGUCAUGUGUCUCAUGUGUGGAGAUCCUUUUAGUGCAGAUGACAUACUCUUUCCUGUCCUGCAGUCUCAAACCUGUAAGUCUUCCCAUUGUGGAAGCAACAACUCUGUUUUACUUGAACUGCCAAUCGGACUACACAAGAAGCGCAUUGAACUGUCAAUUCUUUCCUACCAUUCCUCAUUUAGCAUCCGAAAAAGCCGAUUGGUCCAUGGGUACAUUGUUUUCUAUUCAGCCAAACGUAAAGCCUCCUUGGCUAUGUUACGUGCCUUUCUUUGUGAAGUGCAGGAUAUUAUCCCCAUUCAGUUGGUUGCACUCACUGACGGCGCUGUAGAUGUCCUGGAUAAUGACUUAAGUCGGGAACAGCUGACUGAGGGGGAGGAGAUCGCUCAAGAAAUUGAUGGAAGAUUCACGAGUAUCCCCUGUAGUCAACCCCAGCAUAAACUUGAGCUCUUCCACCCAUUUUUUAAAGAUGUGGUGGACAAAAAGAAUAUAAUCGAGGCUACUCAUAUGUACGACAAUGCUGCUGAGGCCUGUAGCACCACAGAAGAGGUAUUUAACUCCCCCCGGGCAGGCUCACCACUCUGCAACUCAAACCUGCAGGAUUCAGAAGAAGAUAUCGAGCCCCCUUCUUACAGCCUGUUUCGAGAAGACACAUCACUGCCCUCUCUGUCCAAAGACCAUUCAAAGCUCUCUAUGGAACUGGAGGGAAAUGACGGGCUGUCUUUCAUCAUGAGCAAUUUUGAGAGUAAACUGAACAACAAAGUACCUCCGCCAGUCAAACCAAAGCCUCCCGUCCAUUUUGAAAUUACUAAGGGGGAUCUGUCUUAUUUAGACCAAGGCCAUAGAGAUGGACAGAGGAAGUCUGUGUCUUCUAGCACCUGGCUACCUCCUGAUGGGUUCGAUCCUUCUGAUUAUGCCGAACCUAUGGAUGCCGUGGUCAAGCCAAGGAAUGAAGAGGAAAACAUUUACUCAGUGCCCCAUGACAGCACCCAAGGCAAAAUCAUCACGAUUCGGAAUAUCAACAAAGCCCAAUCCAAUGGCAGUGGGAAUGGUUCCGACAGCGAAAUGGACACCAGCUCUCUAGAGCGAGGCCGCAAGGUAUCCAUUGUGAGCAAGCCAGUGCUGUACAGGACGAGAUGCAGCCGGCUAGGGAGGUUUGCUAGUUACCGAACCAGCUUCAGCGUGGGGAGUGAUGAUGAGCUUGGGCCCAUCCGGAAGAAGGAGGAGGAUCAGGCCUCCCAGGGCUAUAAAGGGGACAAUGCAGUCAUUCCAUACGAAACAGAUGAAGACCCACGGAGGAGGAAUAUUCUUCGCAGUCUAAGAAGGAACACUAAGAAACCAAAGCCCAAACCCCGGCCAUCCAUCACAAAGGCAACCUGGGAGAGUAACUACUUUGGGGUGCCCUUAACAACCGUCGUAACUCCAGAGAAGCCGAUUCCUGUUUUCAUUGAGAGAUGUAUCGAGUACAUUGAAGCCAUAGGACUAAGCACUGAAGGCAUCUACCGGGUCAGUGGGAACAAGUCAGAGAUGGAGAGUCUGCAGAGACAAUUUGAUCAAGACCACAACUUGGAUUUGGCAGAGAAGGACUUUACAGUGAAUACCGUGGCCGGAGCCAUGAAGAGCUUUUUCUCAGAACUGCCAGACCCUCUGGUCCCCUACAACAUGCAGAUUGAUCUGGUGGAGGCACACAAAAUCAAUGACCGGGAGCAGAAGUUACAUGCCCUUAAGGAGGUACUCAAGAAAUUUCCAAAGGAAAACCAUGAAGUCUUCAAAUAUGUCAUCUCUCACCUGAACAAAGUCAGCCACAACAACAAAGUGAAUCUCAUGACCAGUGAGAACCUGUCCAUCUGCUUCUGGCCCACCUUGAUGAGACCCGACUUCAGCACCAUGGAUGCCCUCACGGCCACGCGGACCUACCAGACAAUCAUUGAGCUCUUCAUCCAGCAGUGCCCCUUCUUCUUCCACAACCGGCCCAUCAGCGAGCCUCCCGGGGCCACGCCCAGCUCCCCCUCUGCCCUGGCUUCCACCGUCCCCUUCCUCACCUCCACACCUGUCACAAGUCAACCGUCUCCACCCCAGUCGCCUCCGCCAACCCCCCAGUCCCCGAUGCAGCCACUGCUCCCCUCCCAGCUUCAAGCCGAACAUACGCUGUGAGCCCCCGAGGCCCGGGACAAAAGGAGACAAGGUCUUCUCUCUUUGAUGGUGGCAUUUGGCCUUGAACAGAACCAAGUCUACUGGACAGGGGUGAGGAGGGUGUCCCCGUCUCCUGUCACCUCAAGACCUGAGCAGUAGAACCAGCCAGUAGUCCACCAGAGGCUGGGCCAUCCAGUGCCCUGAGCCCAGCACUGCAGACCCGGGGCUGGCUGCAGGCCACAGCUGGGGCCCUGCCCUUUGACUUGGACCCUUUUGAGGACUGAACUAGCCCAGCAGCAGCCCCCAUGGCCCUCCACAUGCUCACUUCUCCCUGGACCCCUCCCCCAUCAAUCGUGCACACCAGCCUCAGGGCAUCCGCCCACAGGACAGAGCUCUGGCCUUGGCUGGGGUGGGGAGGAGGAGGUUCCAAGAUUCAGGCUGCCCCAGAGCAGGGCCGGCAACCCCUAAAGAGGACACUUCCCGUCCAUUGCGCCUGUCUCUUCCCACCUUCCCUGUCUGCACCCCAACCCCAGUCAGGGGGUGCAGCCUGAUUAUCAGCCUCCUGGGAACCCGUAGGCCAUGGCUCUGCCGCCCCAAGGUACAGUGCUGAGGUCAUUUGCCCGGCAGAGCAGAACGGAGGGAGGGUAGCUUUGUGCCUGGACUGAGAGAGUGCAGCUUCCCUCCACCCACCACGCACCCCCCUCCCCACAUCACAGGCUUCAGGGAUAUAUUCCCUUUAAAACAAAGGAACACUGGAAGAAAAAUGGAAAUUUAUCCCUCCAAUAAUUUUUAAGAAGAAAAGGAAGAAACUACAGACCUCAAGAUUCAGCUCUCUCCCCACCUCUGCUGAGGGCAGACAGGUGGAGGGUGGCCCUUGUCUUUGUGGCAGCAAAACAAGGAUGCCCGGGGGUGGUUGCCUGAGAGCCUGUUGGGUUCCCACUUAGUCCUGACACUAGAUUCCCCCUCAACCCAAGAAUACAGUUUGAGCCUUUUGUGGGAAAAGCUGGGGAGACCAGCUGCCUUGGAACACACUACAGUGCUGUGGGAACACUACUGUGUGCGUGUAUGUGCACGUGGGGGGUGGGGGCCGCUAGGGGUUUUGUUUCAUGUAUUUGGUGUUGAAGUUGAAUCAUUUUCAUCCUGGGCUGUAGGUGGUGCCAGCCUGGGUAUUUCCGGGAAUGGGGCGAUGUGGGGGGAACUCUGUAGUGUGGUGGUCAGCUGGUGCCACACGGGGCCAUCCUUCAUGCUCCCAGGCCUUCAGGGCCCAGAGGAAUGAAAGGCACAAGGGCCACUAGUUGUGAGGAGGGUCUUGUGCCUGCCUGUCACCAUCCUCACCCCAUGGCCAUCCCCUGCCCUUCUGACCUUUCCACUGGCCCCUGGGAGAACCCUUCUCAUGCCUCACAUCUGUCCCCAAACACAGCAGCCCUGCUGAGGCCGCUCCAGAUACUAUCUGUCCCCACUCCCCACACGGCUGGGCCGUGGCCUCUGCAGUGGAGAAGCCUGACACUAAGGUACCCCGGGCGUAGGGGAGUGGGGUGGAGGGCCCGCACACCACACAGUCCUCCGGGUCUCUUUGCACUUUAAGAAGCAGCACCUACGGUAUGUUCGAGGAUGCCUGGGUCGCCUCAGCCGGGUGGCCUGACAAAGUAGGAGACGCCUCGGAAUGAUCUCGGCCACUCCCAGCCCCAGAUGCUUCCUGUUGGCUGUUGGAGGGUGGGAGUAGGCCCUUUUCUCACUAAUUUCUUCCUCUGGAUAAGCUGGAUAUCUUACCAUUUGUAGUUCUUGUACGGCAAAAUAAGGUGCUUGGGAAAACUAAAUUACACCUGCAAGUUUUACUGCCCCCUUAAGGAUACAAGUCAAAAAACAAAUCCAAGGUACAUAGAUGCUUUAUGUAAAUGAUGGAUGAUGGAUUGCUUUUCUGGUGCAUCUGUGCCUGAUGCUUUAGGUCAGGGCUUGGCUGAAAGGUGAUGUUUAUGUUUAGUUUUAACUGAGAUUGGCCUGUGUUUCUCGGGCCCUCCACCUCCCCCAGCUCUGAGUCCAGGCUGGUGAGGUAAUUACUCCAUUGAGUUAAUCUCCGCCCUUUUUUCUAGGUCAUGUUCACCUACUCCCAGUCACCCCUUCAAGGUAUUGGGUGGGGGGUGGAAGGGAAGCCAUGGAGGUGGCCUAGGGCCACUGUCUGUUGUGUGAACUAAAACCGAAGUAGCCCAGUUCCCUCCCACUGCCCAGUCUACACUGCCACCUCUUUUGAGCUGGCACACCAGGCACCUGUAGCCUGGCCUCUGCACCAGGAACUUCACAAGCCCUCAACUCUCCUCCUUCCCCAGCCACUCCUGUCCCUGAGACUGCAUAAACAUGUAAGUGGUAGGUGAUUAUUCCGGAAGGGGAGGGGGCACAGUAAGGGACAAGCACCUGUGCUGUGAAGCCCUACCCAUGCGGGAGCAGCAGAGACCAGGCUUCCACAGGGCAGCCUCUGGUCUCGGGAGCUGCAGGGCCCCUUCACACACCUGCACCCCUCCUUCCCGUGUCUUGCAGGACUUGAGGGGUGCGCCAUCAGGGACUGGUGGCUGGUGCCCUAAAGAGCCACAGUUGGACAGGAAGCUCUUGGGAUCUCCUUAGUUUCCUCUGCUAACUCUAGCUUCUCAUUUUCUGCUGCUUGGGCUGGAGGACGUUUCUCAGUCAUUCUGAGUUAUCAUUGCCACCAAGAGCAGAACUGGGCCCUGGGCUUCAGCUUCCAGUUGGGGGGUGGGGUCAGCAUUCAGAUCAAAUGGGCACUUAGAGGGGGCCCACGACGGGGACCCAUGCAUUGGGGCAUGCUGACCUUAACUGGAAUGUCCCACCCCUCCCAUUCAUCUAGCAUGUUAAGCUCUGGAAAGUUCUUUCACAAGUCAUUGUGUGAGCUGCACCACAGCUCUCUUGAGUUGAGGGAGUGGCAAGCAUUAAUUAGCCUUGGCCAAAAUGGAUAAGCAGGUCCAUGGGGUGUCGGACAUGCUGCAUGCCCCACAGCAAAAUAGUGGGGCGCCCAGAACCUCUCCCUGUCUGGUGUUCUUUUUACAUCCACGAGAGUGUAGACACCACGUUUGGAAAUGAACAGCCCUUGAUUGUAAGUGUAAGGCUAUUCUGGAUUUGUGACACUGAUGCUUCCACAGAGGGAAGUGGUCCAAGGUUAGGAGGCGUGGUUUGUGAAUUUGCCCUGAAUUCUUGGCUGUGUUGCAUAUUGGAUAUUACAGUGCAUUUAUUCCUACAUUCUGUCAAGCCCUUCCUGUCGUGACGUUUUGAAGAGGAAUGCUAAAUGUUGAGUACUGUUUCCUGGGUUUUCCUACACCCCACUGCCACCUUGGUCUUCCUGCUUAAGGCAGGAAGCAGACUGCAGGUAAGAUGAAUGCAUCUGUCUUCACCAGGGUGGAUGGAGGGUGACAUCCUAAGGGCAGCACUCUGGCCAGGGAGGAGCUACAAGGGAUGCCUUCCCUUGUCCCUGUGCCUUGGCUCCUGGUUUUGGUGGGGGUUGCUGGGGCUGGAGGGAUGCCCUGUGCCCUAGGCCACAGCUCUUCCAGCCUCAGUCCUGAACUCCAAAACCAGCCAGCUGCAGCAUUUGUAGUCAAAGGUCUUGUCCAUCUGUGCACUCCCCAGUCUCCUGUGAGGAGAACCACACGGCUUGGGGUUAGGAUAUCUGCCAAAGGAAGUGUCAGCUCAGCCAAUGGCUGCUUUUCCAAGAGAAGAAAGUUCCAGGGACUUGGGUGGGUUGCUGGGGACCAGGCUCCCUCUCUCCACAGUCCUCAUGUGCGUGGUGUACCAUGGGCCCAGCUUGCUGGGGACAGUCACAGGGAUCAGUCCCAGGCGCUGCUGACCACAGACCUUGGAUGGAGGAGUUGCCUUCACUCCUGUUGCUUGGCAGGUUCAAGCUGCUCAUUUGUGCUUAGGUGAAAGGAAGACUGAGCGUGUAUGCCGGACCCGAGUCACAUCACUGACUGCUGGUGAUCACACCAGAGAAGGCCUGGUGUGAGGGAAAGGCCAUUCUCUUCCAAGGGCCUGGGCCUCUCCCCGGGCUGGGCCUGCCGUCACUGUCUUAGAAGGGAAGGAUUCUUCUUACCUCCUCCUGGGAGCCAUCUUUCAACUGGCCACCGCCUGCAGACUCCCCCAGGGUCAGAGGUGGCCGCCCGCAGCUCCCUGCCCCGCAGUCCAGCAGCCCGCCUGCGGCCCGCUCCAACAGUGAUGUCACACUUGAGUGUAGUCGAGACAGGGCGUAAGUUAUUGUUUGCAUACAAAAGAAUCAUGUUCCCUGUGUACAUUAAAAAAAAAAUGUCAAAAUUGUAUGGGAAUAAAACUUGUUUGAAAAUUUGGAAUAGUGCUGCUGCCAGCUUAUUUUUCUGGUACUUGUAUUUUCACAUGUUAAAUGAUCUUUAUAUAUGUUGGAUUAACAAAUAUUUUGAGUUUCCUGAGAAAGAAAACAUAUUAAUGGUAUUGAAAUGUGUUAGUAGUCUGGCUGUGUGCCCAAAAUUCUGUUUCGCAGCAAAAGUGGAGAACUGUAUGUAAAGAAAGUAUAACAAUUAUUUCAUUGUAUUUUAGGGGCUUUAACCAGGACAUCCUCUAGUUGGUGUUAGGAAUGUUUGCUUAAUUUCCAGAUUUUUUUUUUAAACACAUCGUGGGUUUUUUGAGGCUCCAACCUUAUUAGUGCAUGGUCAGCCGUCAACUAAGGCUGAGGCAUCUCUGACUGAGGUGUUUUUGUUUGGUUUUGUUUUUUAAAAUCAUGUAUUUGCUACAAAGUAUUGUAAUUGUCUCAAUGGGAAUGGUGUAAAAAACUGAAAAGGCCUUAUGUGAUAUGUAUCAUAGUUAAUAAAUCAAUCUUGUAAAAAACCA